CUGUCUACAGUGUCUGUGUAAUGUAGAUAAAUGUGAGGAUUUUCUCUAAAUCCCUCUUCUGUUUGCUAAAUCUCACUGUCACUGCUAAAAUCAGAGCAGAUAGAGCCUGCGCAAUGGAAUAAAGUCCUCAAUAUUGAAAUGUGACAUUGCUCUCAACAUCUCACAUCUCUCUGGAUUUCUUUUUUCUCAUCAUUACUGCUAACAAAUUCAUUUCCAGACUUUGCACUUUUAAGAAGCAAUGGAAAAAAUCAACAGUCUUUCAACACAAUUAGUUAAGUGCUGCUUGUGUGAUUUCUUGAAGGUGAAAAUGCACACUGUGUCCUACAUCCAUUUCUUCUACCUUGGCCUGUGUUUGCUUACCUUAACCAGUUCUGUUGCUGCUGGCCCGGAAACACUCUGUGGUGCUGAGCUGGUUGAUGCUCUUCAGUUCGUGUGUGGAGACAGAGGCUUUUACUUCAGUAAGCCCACAGGGUAUGGAUCCAGCAGCAGACGCUUACACCACAAGGGAAUAGUGGAUGAAUGCUGCUUCCAGAGUUGUGACCUGAGGAGGCUGGAGAUGUAUUGUGCUCCAAUAAAGCCACCUAAAUCCGCACGGUCCGUACGUGCUCAGCGCCACACCGACAUGCCAAAAGCACAAAAGGAAGUGCAUUUGAAGAAUACAAGUAGAGGGAACACAGGAAACAGAAACUACAGAAUGUAAGAACAUGCCAUCCACAAGAAUGAAGAAUGAAUGUGCCAUCUGCAGGAUACUUUGCUGUAAAUAAAUUAUUUGUUAAACAUUGGAAGACUUAAAAAAAACAUUUGUUUUAAAAAGCUUGAUGCAAAUUCAACCAAUGGGCAUUCUCCCAGUGAACAACACAACUAAACAUUCCAAUAUUAAGUCUUUAGAGAACAGAACAUUUUAAGCAGCCCAGAGAUAAAAAAAUCUGUGGUUGAUAUAUGCUGUUUGUUAACCUAUUUUAAAUGUCCUGCGCAAAAACUCUUAAAGUCCUGUGCCCCUCAAAAGCCUACAAAUUUAUGGGCCUUUGAUGGAUCCAAUUGCACUAAAUUAACCUAUGAACACUGGCUGCUGGAGUCAUUCAUCAGCCUUGUCUAAGUGGUGGUUUUUUUAUUUGCACUUCUUUACAAGCAACAGGCUGUUUGUUUUACAGUGUCUGAAAACAUUGUUUGUCUACCCCUUCAUAUUUGCACAGUUUGACAUUCCCAGUAACAGCAGCAGUAAGGUAACAUAUACAGUUUUAAAUAUCCAUUAAUUCCAUCUGUGGCAUUUCGACAAAAUAUGGGUUAUAGAUGCAUUUGUUUUAAGACAGUUUUAUUCUUCCUUCUCUUGCAAACAUGCAUAUUUUUUUUGCAAUUUGUGAGACAAAAGAUUUUUAAAAGCAGUUAAAGCAUACAUAGGCUCUCGAACCAGUAAUGAUUCUUCCAGGUAAUUAUUUUGCAACAGUAUAGGUAACUUCUUUCUUCCUCCAUAUAAUGCCGUAUGUAAAAUUUAGCAUAUCAGUAAUACACAUAUAUCAAACAGUAUGUAAAAAUCUGUUUUAUAGUACAACGGUGCUAUUUUAUAGUUUGUUACAUGAAAGGGUCUGGCCAAACAGUAAUAGGUAAAAGCAAAUAUGGAAAGACCAAGCCAAAGAUUAAAUAACAAAAUACUUUCAAAAAUAUUCAGCUUAAAUCAACUAAAAUGGCUUCAGAUUUCAACAUAAAAAUAACUUUACCGUCUUCAAAAGAAAAUUCACAUACUUGCUUCCUUUUAGAUAUUUGAAGGGUGGUGUUUAGACAUCUGAUUAUGUGGUACACAAACUCAUAGAUAACUAGGGCCAGUGAAGACAAUCUGAAAAACAGCCCUCAAGUGGCUUCAAAGGGUAGUCCACCAGGACCUAAAUCCUCCCAAAAUAUCAGCAUUCUCUUCAGUCAUAAAGGGGUGCUCAAUUCCCCUCCAUUUCAAUUCUUCCCACAAUCAGAUGUAGCUUACCUGACUGUUAGUUGGGCUGCUGCAUCAGAAAAGCUAACCUAAUCACCAAAUUACUAGUGUAGAAUAAGUCCUUGAGGAGAGAUUAACUUCCUUAUUCCCUUACUUACAGCUGCCAUUCAUGUGUUCUUGUGGGAGACAGAGAAUCCCAGAUAACCUCUGCUACACAACUUUGACAGGCCCUGCACUGGUUCUACCUUGAAUGACACUGUGUCCUCUGCUGAAUUUUUGUAAAUCAGCUCAGUGUAUGUUGGCCAUGCAGCAAAGGGGGAUAAGCAGCCAGCAGUGUCCCAAGGUGAGCAUUAAACUUGUCUGUGAGAGAAGGGAAGGCAAAGGAGAAUGCACUGUUCCACCCCGUCCAAGAACUCCAACGUCAUCCCAUUCAAAUUUUUGCCCUCACUAUUCUGCAUGGGGUAAGCUCAGGCAAGGCAUGAAGCACAUCUUGGUCAGCUCCAAAGGGGGACUGGAGAAUAGUGUAUGAAGGGAGCAGUUAGGGAGGUGGUAGAUUAGAUAUAUAGAGAAAGUAUCUCCUUUUAAGGGCAGCUCAAAUCUGCCUUACUUUCUACCAAGGGAGUCAGUAACUAUUGGCUUAAACACAAGUUCUCUCCAGACUGCCUAUGUACAGCUCCUCAAUAGUCCCUUGUGAAACAAGAAGGAAAGGUCAUAAAAGUCUAACAUAUUAUUGUAGUUCCUUUCUUAUUCCCAUAGAAAAUUUGCGGUUUGUAUUUUUAACAAGUGCAAUGUAUUCCUAUGCAACUCUUUAAACCCUCUGCUUUCUGUGAGAUGGAUGUCUAUAUGCACGAUAAGCUGCCAUAGCAAUGUAAAAGUAGAACAGUAAAUGAAUAAAAAGAAUAUGUCACAGCUCUCACUGACUGAGAUAGUUAUGUUGAAAAAGGAAGAAAGUAAAGAGAAACACAUGUGGAAACUAACCUAAAUUAUUUACCACCAAAUCAAUAGACGGAGUUAGCAGUUCUGAUACCUGUCACAGCUCCUACAGGCCUUUUAUUGGCAGGGGGGAUGGAGAGGGAAGGACUUUUACUUUAAUAGCUGUAAGAAUUCUAAGAAUGGCUGCAAUGCAAUCUAAGAAUAAGCCAUUAUUUUGAUGUCACAGACAUGAUAUAUAUUUCCAUUUCAUGCCCCAUGACCCUUUCUGUCCCCUAUCUCUUCUGAAGUUCUAAGGGGAAGAGGGAAGAACGGUGUGAGUGUAAAAAGCAAUUUGCAAAUAUCUGUGGCAGCAAGUUUCUUUGUAGAUAACUUUUUUACUGAUGUACUGUUAACUUAACUGAAUAACUAUACAUCAUUUUGCAUUCAUUCCUGUAAAUUAAUUCAAAUUUGUGGUCUUAUCUUGGGAUUCACAAACUCACAUUCAUGCCACCAUAUUUCUCCUGUUGAGAAACCAUAAUGAGAAAAUGUCACUCAGAGACAGCAAUAUUUAUCACAAUUUGACAACUGUCUAAACAAAUUAAAACAAUUCUUGAAAGCAACUAAAAUAAUGAAUAGCUGCGAACUUCAAAGGCAACACUUUGCUUUACUAGAGAAUAAAUAGUGUCAAAAAAUGGAAAGUAGCUCCAGCCCUACAGAGGUAUAAGAAAUCUCCAGUAAUAUGGCAAGGAGCACAUGAUAAACCAGUUAGUGUGAAAGAUAAAGGGCUGCAUUAGCUUAAUAAUCUCAAUAAAUCCUCUACUUAAAGAAGUUGAAGCGUGAGCCAAAGCAUCUCCCUCCCAAAAGCACAAAGCAGUCAGUUUUGAAAAACUUCUAAUUAGAGAAAUUGAAAGGUUCAGCUGGAUUUUUAAAAGCACUCCAGAUAUUUAGGAACAGGGCUCCCACUGGAAGCCAUUGAUUCUCAUCAGUCAGUUAAAUGGUAAAGAAAAACCCAUUUCCCAUCCUUCCCUAUUGUGUAAGUCACAUGACAAAGAUCACAGAUUUUUGCUUUCUAGAAUAGACUUAAAAUUCCAAUUAUUACACAGAAUGUCACUGAAAUGCAUAAGUAAAAAAGUUAAUUAAGCUUCAUUUUCAGUCAAUCCAAAAAGCACUGCAGAUCUAAACCCACUGAAGUUAGUACCUCUCUGUCAUCAAGGUAGAAAAAUUUAAGUCUCAUCUCCAUAGUAAACAUAAUUAGUCAUUAAGAGUUUUAAUGGAAAAUCAAUAAAUUCUUUAUUCUGCUCAAAAUGUGGUUAGAAACCCACACUUCCAUUUCUGUGACAGACUUGUAUGAGCUCAUUUGCACCAUUCAGCCAAGAGAGACAAGAAAAAUCAAACCCUGGGAUAUGGCAUCCAGUCCUGGUAGAUAGAUUAAAAUAGGCCUCCUUUUUCCCCAGGGCAGAUUACAGUGUCGAUUCCUUUGGUAAGAUUAAAGGGUGAAUUAGUGGUAGGCUCUCUUUACAGAAGUGAAUUCCAUACACAUCCAGGAGCCACACUCAGCUGCCCCAUGAGCUCCUUGUUCUCUCAGUAUCAAUGAUUAAAGCUGAUUAAUGAAGACUUUAGGCCAAGCACUGUGUCUUCUUGGCUCUCCAUUCAACAAGCAAGAUGUGAUAUGACAAGAUCGGAAAAGUGUGUUUACAUAUUUGCUUUACCUGUUAUUGAUUUGGCCAGCAAUGCCAAAGUGGUGCUAUUGUUUUGUUUAAGAAAGUACUUGACUAAAAUAUUAAAGAAAGCAUAAAUAUUUUUUUAAUGUAUGAAAAUGACAAUUACAUAGGUAUGGUUAUUAAAAUAGAAAUAAAACUAGCCAUAACUUUUCAACUUUUUGUCACUCGGAAAACAGCAAAGUAAUCUUAUAUCAAUGCAGAUGGGGCAGGAAUAAGAGUCAAAAUGCCACAAAACAUAGACUUUAAAUGAAAUUCUGAACCUUUACUCCAAGCCAGAAAUUCAGAUGAAGAAAAUUGUUAGAAGUCAGGGAACAAUGGAUAUGACUGAAAGCCUUUCAGAUUAUGUGAGUCCUGUAUCAUAACAGAGAUUUUUAAACCACACUCUAGCCUGAAAUCAGUGUAGAGUUUGUCUUGGUAAGUGGCAUGAUAUGAUUGAGAUUUUCACUGAGCACCCAUUUUUAUAGUUUUACCCAAUUACUUUCUCACUCAUGGCACAUAAUCCAAAACUUAAUGUUCUUAAAAUUCGCAAAAGAUGCAAUUUAACAAGGAAUGACAAAAAAUAUUCCUUACAGGAAAUUGAUGGUUUUUCAAUUCUCACCAGUUUCAAAUUGUGAGAAAAAGUUGAAAUAUAUGGCUAACAGUCUGUGAAUUUUUUUUUAUUAUUAUUACUUUAUGUGGUCACUAUGAACAUCCUUAUGUGCAAAAUUUCACAUUUCAUUUUUUUUGUUUUGAAAUUAUGCUAAGUUAAGCCCAAAAAGAGAUUCUUGGAACCUAUAGGCCAGAUAGAAUACUUAUGUUGUUCUGAUGAAUCAAUAUAUUUAAAACGUUUUAUUUUUAGUCUGAAAAGGAAUAGUAAUAAUUUAUUUGGGGGGUCUGCUUAUACUGGUCCCUCUUUUUAGGAUACUGGUCAGUGGAAAUAAGUCUUCCAAACACCCAACUUCUAAUCAAAACCAACAUUUAUUCCUCCGCCCAGAAAAUCUAGUUAAAACACUAUUGCAACAUAAUUUUGUUGUGUGUCUAUUUGUUUGGGAGGGUUGUUUUGCUUUGAUUCACUUUGUUUUGAUUCCAGGGGUGAGGGGUAAGGAUGAGGAGAUGAGGCUUUUGAGUGAUUUUUUUCUCUUGGGUACAAUCCACAUAAAAUAAAGAAUUUUUCUUAAUGAGAUUACUAAUUAUCCAAUUCAUGUGUGGAAGCAGCAUUCAGUAAAGCAACUAGAUUAAAUUUGUCUUGAAAGAAGGAAAAAAAGAUUUGAACACAAAGUUUUUACCCAUUCUACUCCUACACUAGACAGUUUGCUUCUGACAGCAUUGGAAUAUUCUACUGGACUAUAAAUGCCCAAACACACAGUAUCUGAUAUAUAGAAAUCUUUUUUUUUUUACACCAAAGGUGUUAUGGGAAUGUUUGAAAUUUGAUUACAUGUCACACAGCAUAGAGAUAUCAUUGUAGCAGAGACCAAAAUGAGCAGGAUCUCCCUGAUGCUUACAUUAGGAAAUCUUAUACUAGUUUGCAGAAAGGGUGUAUGUGUGUAUAUAUACACAUAUAUAGACACAUGUAUGUAUAUAUGUGUAUAUAUAGGCAAUGUUACAGUGUGUGCAUGUCUAUGUGCAUGUGUGUGUGCACGUGUAUAUUAUGCUUUUCUUUUUGCUGUCAAGUAAAAUUUGAAAUGCUUGCUUUUUUCUCUUCAAGUCUUAUGGGUUAUAUUCAGUAAUCCAACUGGAAUCUAAUUUUAGAAGAACAUUGUGUAACAUGGAUGUCACAAUUUAGAUCCUGUCUUUGUUUUUCCUACCUAAAGACCAGAUAUUUAAACCAUACGACACCUCUUCAUUGUCAUCAGGCAAAUAUAUCUGUCUGUUUAGAUACAGAUAAAAAAAUACUAACUCUGAGGUCCAUAUUAUGAAAACCUUUAUUAAAAUUUUAUCUUUUAUUUCAUUUUUCUCCAUAAAAUUUCUAUUAAGUGUGAUAUUUUUAGGUGUAAGCAUCUCUUCAAAGUAAGAAUAUUGGGUAAUAUAAACAGAGCAGAAUGAAAACCUCUGUUAUCACCUCAACUAUUAAUUUUUCAUUUAUGUUUUUUGUAAGAAUCAUUUAUCCCUCUCUACAGCACCCUUAACUACAUCAGAAGUGGAAAAGGCUUAGCAAAUUCCUAUAUCCCAAAUUAUUUAUAGUAAUUCUUGACUUUUUGUGUUCUUCAGUAACUUUUUAUUUUGCCAGCUUGGCUCACAAAAGUCAUAAAAAGCACCAGUGUGAUACUUUUGCUGCUAAACAUUCUUUCCCACAAGUAUUUAACAUACACCCACCUAAAAUAUCUACAUAUUCAAACUUUAUUGAGGUUCUUAAGAAACAAAACAAAUACCGUUGAAAGAUUAACUUUUCCCACCAUUCUUUAACUAAAUCAAAGGCAUUGCAUUUUAUUGUAUUUUCCAUUCAUUAGUAUAAUUCCAUUCCUCUAAAGCAGCAACAAAAUACCUGCAGAACAAAAAGGACUCUAUCAUGACAAAUAGGAUCGUGCUUCAUGUACUCAUUUUACAGAAAAAGGUUUAGCCAGAUAACUAUAUAUACAACUGAUUAAAUGAAACUCAUAUUUUGUAGUAUUUAACUUCAUAAAUUUAAAAAUCAAAUGAAUGUUCCACUCUUCCUGGUAUACUGGCAUUAACCUGACUUACGGUGUGAAAAAACCCUCACUUUAACAAUGAUCAAAGAGACAAAGGAUCCAAAACCAACAGACUAAAGUGUUAUCAAUAAAGAGGUAAAAUGUCCUUAUUUUGUGCACAGUGAUGAAUUCUAUCCUAUUUUUUUUACAUUAGAAUUUCAAAUGAAAUUGAUACAAAUACUGCAAAAGAAUUAUGGUUCUCUUCAUUAUUUCCACCUAGAGACAAGUUUGAAUAUAAUAAAGUACAUGCAAGUGACAGUGCAUGAUACAGUAUAUAAAUCAUACCUUUUCAUUUAUUACCAUUUCUAAGGAAUUAGUCCAACAGAAUUCUAUAGAAAUCCUGUGCAAGGUGAAAAAAUAAUUGUCAAAAGUGUAUAACGAUAAUAGUUGCCUGGUUAAACUAAGUCUCAUCAGACAUGAGUCAUAAAACACUCCACUGAAAGCACACUGGUACUUCAUAUUGCUCUGAACAGUUUCACCUGUAGUCUGACACCUCACGUUGCUUUUAUCAGAAUGCAAUGAUUCUGUUUCACAGUUUCUUAAUCCUUGGAGUCUUUGGGUUGAAUAUUAAACAUGUUUAUCAAGACUAAGGAUUUCAGGAAACAAAAUGAAAGUAGAAGAAGCAGCACCACCUGCUGCUGAUAAUCAAAUUGUGUAUAAGCUUUCUUUUCUUCCAAAUUACUGCAAAGCCACCCAGAAUGCUCAAUGAAGAGAUUUAUAGCUCUUGGUUUUCAGGACAGCCUUUCCAUAAGGAGUAACUGUCCUCCCUUUCUUCAGUGUUGGACCUCGGUAUCCUGACUAAAACUGGGGUUCCCAUGAUGCAAAGCAUGAAUGUGGAUACAUGAAUUUCUGAUUUCACUACUGAAUAAUCCUACUAUUAACAUUUCAAGUCAUUAUAAUCAAACAGUGACAAGUGUUAAGUGUUCAUUUACUAGAAACCAUUUAAAUAUCUAUUAGAGUUCUAACUGGAUUUAUUCUUUCUUUUUUAUUUUCUUGUGCUUACUCAUAAUACAAUGUCACUACUUGAUGACAAAUAAUAUUUCAUACUGUGUAUGUAACAUCAUUGUGUUGCAGAAUCCCCCAAAUACCUCAACAAUGUCUUUGUUGCGCUAUUCUCCCCAUUUAGCACUUACAAGCUUUUCUAGUAACAACCAAUAAAUCAAAAAAACGGAGCUCUUGAUAUGUACAAAUAUAAAAAAAAAUUCAAGAAGUUUUGCUAGUUUGCAGUUCAUGUAAUGCCAUCUUGACCAUUCUCUUCCCCUCUCUCUAUGAGCUGUCUAGAACAGUAAACUUUGCUCCAUAAAUAAUAGUGUAUUCAUGCUUUUAAAGGCUUUUAUAUGCAUUUAUGGUAGGUAAAGGUUGGAAGAGGUAGUUGACUGAUUUUCACUUUUAUCUACUUUGAUUUCAGUAAAGGGCUUUGUCACUCUGUAUACAUAAAGGCUAAUGCACCCUUUGGUUUGUAGAAUGUACUGAAAUGUUUGCAACCCUCUUGGUAUCAGGUCCAAAAUGUGAAGCAUUACUGUUAAGAGGGUAUCUUUCUAAUGUAUUUGUAUGUAUAGUUUACACCUCUGUGAGGUCUAAUAAAGGAUUAUGGUUAAUAAAAAAUGCGUUGAAAAUUCA